CCUCCCUCGCCCGGCGCCCGCAGGCGCCCCCGAGCCGCGAGGCUGGCACUCGGACGUCGCCCGGCUUCGGUAUCCCGGGCCGGCCCCGCGGGGCGCACCCCUCCGCGAUGCCCUUCAGGAAAGCCUGUGGGCCGAAGCUGACCAACUCCCCCACGGUGAUCGUCAUGGUGGGGCUCCCAGCCCGGGGUAAGACGUACAUCUCAAAGAAGCUGACUCGAUACCUCAACUGGAUCGGCGUCCCCACGAAAGUGUUCAACGUCGGGGAGUACCGCCGGGAGGCCGUCAAACAGUACAGCUCCUACAGCUUCUUUCGCCCCGACAACGAGGAGGCCAUGAAAGUCCGCAAGCAGUGCGCUCUGGCUGCCCUGAGAGACGUCAAAAGUUACCUGACGAAGGAAGGGGGCCAAAUUGCAGUGUUCGAUGCCACCAAUACCACCAGAGAGAGGAGACACAUGAUCCUUCAUUUUGCCAAAGAAAAUGAUUUCAAGGUGUUUUUCAUUGAGUCUGUGUGCGAUGACCCUAUGGUUGUGGCCUCCAACAUCAUGGAAGUUAAAAUCUCUAGCCCGGAUUACAAAGAUUGCAACUCAGCAGAAGCUAUGGACGACUUCAUGAAGAGAAUUAGUUGCUACGAAGCCAGCUAUCAGCCCCUCGACCCUGAUAAAUGUGACAGGGACCUGUCCUUGAUCAAGGUGAUCGACGUGGGCCGGAGGUUCUUGGUGAACAGAGUUCAGGACCACAUUCAGAGCCGCAUCGUGUACUACCUGAUGAACAUCCACGUGCAGCCCCGCACCAUCUACCUGUGUCGGCACGGCGAGAGCGAGCACAACCUCCAGGGCAAGAUCGGAGGGGACUCGGGUCUGUCCAGCCGGGGCAGGAAGUUUGCCAAUGCCCUGAGCAAGUUUGUGGAGGAGCAGAACCUGAAGGACCUCAAGGUGUGGACCAGCCAGCUGAAAAGCACCAUCCAGACGGCGGAAGCCCUGCGUCUCCCCUACGAACAGUGGAAGGCGCUCAACGAGAUCGACGCCGGUGUCUGUGAGGAGAUGACCUACGAGGAGAUCAGGGACACCUACCCUGAGGAGUACACUCUGCGGGAGCAGGACAAGUACUACUACCGCUACCCCACCGGGGAGUCGUACCAGGACCUGGUGCAGCGCCUGGAGCCGGUGAUCAUGGAGCUGGAGCGGCAGGAGAACGUGCUGGUCAUCUGCCAUCAGGCCGUCCUGCGUUGCCUCCUCGCCUACUUCCUGGAUAAGAGCGCAGAGGAGAUGCCUUACCUGAAAUGCCCCCUUCACACCGUCCUGAAACUGACACCUGUCGCUUACGGUUGCCGCGUAGAGUCCAUCUACCUGAACGUGGAGUCUGUGAGCACACACCGGGAGAGGUCAGAGGAUGCAAAGAAGGGACCUAACCCGCUCAUGAGACGCAAUAGUGUCACCCCACUAGCCAGCCCCGAGCCCACCAAAAAGCCUCGCAUCAACAGCUUUGAGGAGCAUGUGGCUUCUCCCUCCGCUGCCCUGCCCAACUGCCUGCCCCCGGAGGUGCCCACGCAGCUGCCUGGACAACCUUUGCUAGGGAAAGCCUGUUUACGAACUGUUUGUCACAUUUUCUCAAAGUUUUCUCCCUACUAACCUUGGAAAGAACAUGAAGAGCACCCAGAGUGGCAUCGACACCAGGAUGCACUGAGGCAGGCCCGUCGGCUCCGUGCCUGUUCUGUUCCUGCAGCUUCUCCUUAGUGCUUUUCCACCCGCCCGAGGCCAGCCAUCCCCAGGACGUCUUCCGAACAGGGUGGGUGGUGUAGAAGAGGGGCCCGCCGCUCAGACAGAACCGUGCCCCCGACGGCGGCUGAGACCCCAGGAGGCCCCUCCCGUGUGCGCACCCCGCGCUGGCGGCCCCCCCACCCCCCGCCCCCAGCCUCGCUGACCCCCCACGAGGCUCGGAAAGGACAAUGAGCGGUGGAAGAGGGGAGAGAGGGCCCUGAGGAGGGGACGGUGGCCUCCAGGCUCUUCUGUUUUGUUUCGUUUCUGUGAUCCUGACCUGGUAUGUUCCCAGCCUGGGGAGAGGACACGGGCCCCAGAAUCCUAAAAUCGAAGGGGGUCUAGUUGCUGAAGAAGAAGGGAUGUUGAAAACUGUCACAAGGCUCUUCUGUGAGUCGUGGCCCCGGACGUUGCCUCGUGAGGGCAGGACUCGGGCGCGUGCUGGGUUGGGGCCGGUCCCGGAGAAGGAGGGUGAAGGCUCUGAGCCACCGUGCGGUGCGUCCACAGCUUGCCGGGUCUGCGUCCUGCCUCGGAAGAGGGUGGCUCACGCACAGUGUGGUCGUGCAGGCGAAAGGAAAGGUUCUGCCGGAACAGUCCCGGGGCCUCACCCCCCCCCCCCCCCCCCCAGGGAGCUCUGCUAUCUCUGCCCUCCCGCCUGGGCCCCAGGCCCCCCUGGAGCUGCUUGCUUUUGCACUUUUUCAACGGCAGAAGGCGGGACCUGAAGGUUGUACCUUCUCUCCACGAACUUACAUGUUUGGGGUUUGUUCCCGUGGGGGCUGGAGCUCGGAAAGAACAUGGGGAGUCGGGUGCGCCCGUGCCAUGGGGAGCUCGGAGGGACCCAGGAAACCAGCCGGAGAGCAAGUCAUGUGGAUCAUUGCCAGGCUGACCCAGAUGGUGGCACAGAGAUGAUCAAGGGUCACCUCCUUCCUCCAGGAUGUUCGUCGCCUCCCUGUGCUUCCCAGGUGGGGAUGGUGGCCCAGCCGAGACCUCACUUGCGGCCACUUCCUCCAGGAGGCUGCCUGUGGUCUCCUGGCAGGACUGAGGACUGAGCUCAGCCUGCUUGUUUUUGUGCAGCACCUGCCCUACGCCCAGCGGGUGCCCGGUGCUGCGAAGUCCGAAGAAGACGGUGUCCUCGCUGGUGUUCGUGGCACCUGUGGCAUCUUUUUGGGGUGGCUCACAGCAGGGAGACGUGUGGUUCGAAAUACCUGUAGUUUCUGCCUCCUGGUUUCUCCUCGCUGCCUCCACGUCCUGGGGAAAAGGAGGCGUCUUGAGGCCCAGACAGAACGAUUUGGAGACUCCGGCGUAGGAUUUGUCCAAGUGACCCUUUGAGGACCUCUCAAAGCUGGAGCCAAAGGUCACUUCCCUUGCUUGCCCUCUGCUUUCAAGCCUGACGGUCUCGCCCCCUCUUGUCUUACGGGACAGGCUCUGGGAGAGCGGCUGUGGGGGCUUGGACAUCCGGAGAGGGCACCGGACAACGCGUGUUUCUCUGGUUGGGGUUCAGUGGGAAACUGGGAUGUGCUGUAGAUGCCCUGCGGUCAAGUUCAUGGGUUUCACACCAAAACCCGCCCCCUCCCCCCCACCUCCUUCCCAGCCGGGCACCGUGCCCGAGGAGAUGUAACAUCUCUUCCUGUGUGACGGAAGAAGGGCUAUUUCCCUUUCCUGCCAACUGAGUCUCGUCGGGUGGCGAGUGUGCACGGGCACAAGCAUGUGCUUGUGGGUUGGUCUUCUCCCUGGCAGCCCAGCUCUCGCGAAACGGCUUCCACGUGUCCCUCUCUCUGGCCUCCUUUUCACACCGGUUGUCGGAGCCCACGCUGAGCUUUGACCCUUCCUGCCGAUGAUGCUCGUGGGGCUGGGUGUGGGUGUGGGUGCCCCGCCCGCCUCCGGCCGCUGAGGUCAUUACCCACCGAAGCGAACAUCCUGCACACGCGUUUGUCGGGGCCUAGAUGAGGCGACAGAACGCGCCAGCGGACGAGGAGCGAGACCUCAGAGGUUGCAGAAGGCUGCCCAACCGAAAGCCGUGAUCGGACUCGAGGCGCCAGCUGGGGGACGUGUUUGACCUGCACUCACGGGGCUCCUGCCACUCUGACUAUGGCCUCUCCCCGCCCCCCUCCCCCGGCCCCCCGAAAACCACCUGGGACCAAUUUUGUUCACUUGGCAUAGUUGUUUGUGGGCGGGUUUCCCCUCCUCAUUCUGUGCGGAGACCGUGGGCGAAGCUCGUCGUUUGCGGGCAGCAGAGGAACGGCCGCACCAAUGAUGUUUUUCGUUUGUAAUACUUGAAAUUUAUUUUUUUAUUAUUUUGAUAGCAGAUGUGCUAUUUAUUUAUUUAAUAUGUACAAGGGAGCCUGAAAAUAGAAAGCUGUAUAGAUUGGGUGUAGUUCGGUGGUUGGUUUUGGGGGGCCUUUUACGUGUGACUCAUGACUUCUCUGUGUUCUGUAUAGUUGUCUGAAUUAACGACCUGGGAUGACGCUGUGCCAGCUUUCAAACAGGGGAUGCUUUUCAGAAAUUUGUAUAUUUUGCAGUUGCCAGAACAAUAAAGUACCUGAUUGAAAUACGCUGA